AUGGAGGUAAUCGUUGCGUCCAGGAUUAAUGUUUUCCUAGAGAGUGGCACCCCGUUUUUAAAGUUUCGCAAGGUUGAGUCCGCUACUCAUAGGAAUGGUUCUUUUUCAUAUUUUGGCACAAACGAGCCUAUAAUUGUUGAUGGAGUAUUUCCACGAGUGAUAAUUCAAAUUGUGGAGCUUAUUAAUAACGUUCCACCCAAGUUAGAAUUUCACUGCGUCGUCGAUAAGCUAUCGAAGGAUUCCCCUAUUACCAGCGCACAACUGUGCUUCGAGACACCAGCUUCUAGGAAAUUAAACUGUGACAAUGCUCUUGGAAGCUCGUACCUGCUGUCCGACAAAUUCAAAUUUAAAUCCACGGGUGAUAUCUAUAAUGGCUAUAUUUUUACAUCGAAUUGGGAUCGAGAUCGGUUCCCGCUAGAUGCUACCUACUUUUGUCGUCUUAGCAACAGUAACGGCGUCAUUCAGUCGAACGCCAUCGAGGUUCAAGAUAUGGAUUCCUAUACGACAGCUUUCAUCAAAAGACAAUCGCUUGAGCCUAUCCUUCGUGGACCCAUUGUUGGUAGCAGCUUUCCUAUGUCGCUUGAGUGUGGUGGUUACAUGGACCACGUGGAAUUGCCUAACUGGGCAAAACAAACGUUUCCUGUCCCUUACGAUUGGGUCGCCUGUGAAGCCGAGGCCGACAGUCAGUUAGAUAUUCGGAUGUGCUAUGACCGCUCUCGAUCCAUUGCUGGGUAUUUUGAGCACACUGUUCUUCCAAAUGGUACUCUUAUAAUUCACGAUUUGGUGAAGGACUGGCGCCCUAUUGGUAUUCUCUGUACAACCUCGAUUGUACGCAAUAAAAUCUUUUCUGCCUACUUCCAAGACAACGACGGGAAGGCUGUCCCCUUCACGUACAUUCCUGGUACCUAUCCUAAUCAGAUCAUUCCACGAUCACCGCAGGACAACCGCGUAGCAUUGCGCAGUGGAUGGCAUGCUCGUGAUACCAUCACUUUGAAUGCAUUUUACACUGCUAAUCCCAAAACCGUUACUGCGAUGUGGACUAAGGACGACAGUUCCCUCCCCAUUCAAUUUACGUCCAAUCGUCAUUCCUUGGUCUUCCCUCAGGACAUUAAGCCUACCUAUGCUGGGUUGUAUGUCCUCUCCCUCAAGAGUCCCCAUGAACAACUGCUUUUUAAGUAUGAGGUGAUUGUGGAACAGCCACCUACCAUCAAGGAGGCUCCGCCGCGCCAUAUUAUCAUUCCACAAGGGAAUCAGGCCCAAGUUAUUGCCGACUUCAGUGGUGGGCUUACCUCCCGAUCCCUUCUUAUCAACGGCAUUCAAAUUGACGUGGUAUCAUCGGCGAGGUACCGAGAGUCAUUACGUCUUCUUCAGGAGUCGUUUCCUUACGUUGGUGAUCUCAAUCCGGAAAUUGAGUUCCCUUCUGAUUCUUCUAUUCGUUACACAGUCCGUGAUCUUGCCUUCGCUCCCAAUUCUCCCUAUGGCUCUUCCCACAUCGUCACCAUGGUCGUGACCAACGCCCUCGGUUCAGUGCGCACAAACACUCUCAUUCGAGUUUUGCCUAAACCGGAUGUGAUUCGUCAGUUGUCGGAUUACAGUUGCGUGGAGGACUGUUUCAAUCACACUACCCAUCGUUUCUACUGCGAUAUUGAAGUGGCGCCCUACACCGGCCUACGCGUGGUCAAGACAUGGGAGUUGGAUGGGCAAGAUCUGGAGCGUCUGGAUCCGCGAGACAAUCGUCUGACUUUUUUAAAGCACUCAAAUCAAGAGGUAGUACUGAACAUCGCACAGGAUAACGCUCUCUUUGAUGAACUCUUUGCCAAUGUGGAUUUGAGUUGUCGUUUUCGAAUAUUUGGACCAGAGACGGAUCUGUUUGCGGGCUAUAUGUAUGAAACACCCUAUUAUGAUACGAAAAACGAUCCUGCUCUGCACGCCAUACUCACCGCGCACAUUCGCAAAUACCCUUCCAAAUCAAAGCUUGUUACUGUGGCAAGCAUCUCGUGGAUUGUGGCGGUGGUGAUCGCGGUGCUGAUUCUGCUCAUCGUAGCAAUCCUUGCCGUCUGCAUUGUUAUGCGGAAUAAAGGCAAAACUUACUUACUUGAAAGGGAGGAGCGAAUGCAUGGAAACGAUCCGGAGAAGGAGUUUCGUGAUCGCGAUGCUUUUCAAGCCUACGAAAGAGAUGAGCACCCGAUUCCAGGUUGUAAUCAGUCCCUUGAUGGCACGUUUCAAGUAGUUGGCACUGAAAAUGAGGGUGAAUUGGACUACUGCGGAAUAGACCCUGUCAAGAAUGAUGCCUUGCCGCACAUUCCCCCAUCUUUGGUGUCAUUGGUUGGCACAGUGGUUCUGUUGCCGGGUCGUUGCUCUCAUUGGCUGGUCUAUAAUCACCGGUUUGGCCAAUUUAACGAGAACGGAUCGUUCACUGAUGAGUACAGCGACAGCACACGUCGAAUGGACCAACGACUCGGUGGUGGAACUAGCACCGGUGGCGGCAAUGGAACUGUCCAUUCCAACGCGAUUGGACCAAUUUGA